AAAUUGUUUUUGACUGAACCAGAGACAUGUUGAUUGCUGCUCAGAACCUGGUUCACACACCGGCUAACUGUCGUCCUUAUCUAAGCUAAUAUCGGAUAGGGGAUACAUUCAACAUGAAGAAGAUAAGUAGAAGCUUGACUUCUGUUGGGAAGAAAGAUCCGAUGACAUUAACUAAGAAGACUGGAGAUACAGACUCGAAUCCACAGCCUGUGUGCCUAAGUUUGUCCGACUUGCCUACCGACGAACGCACAUGCCUUCUCGCGCAUGUCGUCUGCGGGAGCACUCUGCCGAUAUCUGUUCGGAUCGCAAAGAAUUUUGCCGCUAAAGACGCAGCAAUUGCGCUGAAAAGUGGUGAAAUAUUGUUGCUCUGCUUCGUGAUAAAGCUGGAACAUGUACAUGCUACGGUCAAAAAGGCUGAAUACCGUCUGCCUCUUCACUGCACACAACUAUUCGAACCAUUGCCUAUAGAUCCUCUGCUGGAUGACAAAUACUACAAAGGCACCAAGGCGGUGAUCGAGGCAUCACCGCUACCUGAAACGAUACGAGUGGUGGAUGCUGAGUACUCCCCUGAUCCCAUGGCCGACCAGGAUGCUGGUGACAUCAUCAAAGUCCGACGAGUAGAGGUCCAAGAACAUCCCGAAAGGGGACGAGAGAGGGUUCUGGUAGGUUACGACUCUCGAGACAAGGAAGUCAACUUCUCAGAGGCAAUGGAUAUGGCAUCAUACAGCACCAUGAUCUCACAAGAUCUUUUGCCUUUAUCCGAGUUGGUCAAAUUCGACAUGCCCCAGCGAGUUCGCAUGCCAGAGGCCACUACCAACGACACUGUCGAACCAAAACGGAAUAAAGCCAAGGAGAAGGUCAUGAAGUUACAUCGCCUCUACACUGAUUACCAUGUCAUCGCUGCUCGAGGAAGGGAUGACGAUCUGCUCUCCAUACCGAUCAACUCCUCCAUCGAAUUCGAGGUCGUUAAUGCCACCCUGGAAGAUAUGGCUCGAGUCCUUCCCGCCAUUUUCAAUCGAACCAAUUCGACAUGGGGCGUGAGCGAUAUAACGCAACCGAGGAUGCCCGAUCCUCUGUGUGCUGUACCACAACCCAUAGAAGGUGUCUUCGAAGCUUGGGCAAAGAGCUAUGAAGGGAAGAAGAGGAUAAACCGAAAGUAUGAAGUCAAUGCCAACUAUAUGAAGAAGAAAAUCGAAGAAAGAGACAAAGAGAUCAGGCAAUUGAAGAAACAAAUAGAAUACCCGACUGCUUCUCCUCGUCCUGCGUUGACCAGUCGACCAACAUCUAUCCCGGGUGUCUUGCCACCUAGACCACCUCGGGACUAUCGCACACUUGAGCCUUCAAUGUUGACCUCCGCUAAAGCAGGCCUUAAUAAACCGAAGCCACUUCCAAGACCGAAACCCAAAUCUAGCCCAUACGAUACGCUUCCGAUAAAGAAGGAACCCGUCGAAGAUGAAGAAAAGAGCAAACUACAAGCCACGAUUCAACAACUCAAGACGGAACUGUUUGAAAAACAAAUGAAAAUAUUUGACCUCCUAAACGCCGAAGGAAAACAAAAGGAGCGAUAUGAGAUGCUUCGGAAAGAAAAAGAUGGGAUGCUAACAUCACGGGCAGCGGACCGCAAACAGAUUCUCCAACUUCAAACCGAGAUUGAUCGCAUGCACAGUAUACAGGAUGGUGCUCUGUACGAGGAGCUGGACGAGGUGGUAUCUCCUCCCUCACUCUAUUCCAAUCCAUACACAGGAAUGAAGGUCGACAAAAAGAUGACAAUACCAGAUGUAUGCGACUUUCUGCGCCAGAUUGGUCUAUCCGAGUACGUGGGAGUCUUUACCAGUGAGAAGAUAGAUGGAUUGAUGCUGCAACAUCUUGAUGAAGACAUCAUGACUAGUGAUCUCAGUAUGAGAAGACUUGAUGCACGUCGACUCGUAACUAAGAUGAAACAACUCAAAUAGAACAAUGACGAUGUAAAGAAUCGUGAAAUAGAAUGCUGCAUGUACAUAAUUAUACAAGUCGAAUCUGGCCCCGACCUUAGUUAUAGCCCCCCCCCCCCGGUUUAUUUCGUCAAGAGCAUGAAAUAGAAAUAGAAUUGUUAUCGCAAAAAAAAAAUUUUCCAUUUGAGUAUGGUUCCCAUUCACUUUUUUGUACAGUGGGACUUUCACAUUACCCUGUAAAACCAUGAGUUCUCCGAUGAAUUUUCAUUCAUUUACAAACUUCUUUCAAGGUUCAGGAUUUGUUAUUUUGGUGCCUUUGGUCUAUCAUUAAAUGUAUAAUGUAUUAUUAUGAUGAUCUCUGCAUCAAUGCAUCUGUUAUUUUGUUAAUGUGUAUAUUGUAUUAAUAUAUACUUUUGCUUGAAUGGAUUUAGAUGGAUUUAGUUCAAGUGGAUCAGAUGAGAUAAGCCGUGCUGGCGCGGUUAGAGUUUCAGCCAAUAACAUAGAGUCUGCGCUUACAUUCAAGAAAGUGUCACAUUUUUGUAAAUGAUUUCUCUAUAUGUAUAGCAAGUAUCUGAGCAAAAUAUAUAAUAGGACAAGCUAUUCUGCACUUGUGCCUAUAAAUAUGUUUCUAAUUGAGCGAGAAUAUUUCAGGUACGUUUUGUUUAUGUAUACUUAGAAUCAAUAUGUAUAUACUGAGGAAAUGUUUUCUGCUCUGUACAGGUUGGGAUUAUAUAUUAUCCAUGGAAACUUUGCAUAUCAUCCUCUUUUCUGGUUGUAAUACCGGAUAGGUUCAACCUGCACGAAGCCCUAUAUUAGCAGAUCGCAUAGACUGUCGAAAAUUAAAUUUUAGCAGCCAUGUUCAUCACUUCUUCAAAUAUGCCAACAUUUGAAUGACGUAGUCCGAGCAUGAUUUGUAUGGGUGUAUUAGUGUAUUAGUGUAAGGGACUUUCCCUUGAGUCGAUUUUUCGAAAGUCUUUACAAUCGUGUUUUGUUAUAUUAUGAAAGGUUAAGCUAGCUGUCAAUAAUUUGGGUGAAAUUUCAAGGUUCGUUCAUUUCUAUGCACACGGUCUCCUUUGUAAGAACUUAACAUUCACAAUGCGAUAUGACAAGUAUCAUAAUUAUAAUGAA